GUGGCUAUCCUCUAGCCCUUUUCCUCGUCGUCAUCGCUAUGGAUGUGGUUGUUCGUCUUAUCUUGGCUGCCCUGCUCGUGGUUUGCAUGCGCACACAUUCCCACUCCGCAAUUGUAACAAGAGCGAUGCUCGCACCAAAUGCUCCUACAGAGCUCGCCGCCUCCGCCGAAUCCAGGAUUAGGCGCGCCACAUGUGCAGCAAAGCCAGCCCAUGAUGAUGAAUUGUGUUUUGUUCUAGUUGAAGGAUGUGUUGUUUUGAACGACUUUGCGUUGUCGGAUAGAUAA